AGUAACUACUUAACAGUCGUAAAAAGACAAGCGCGCGAAUAGCUCGCCGCCAUCGAUCGCGAUCUCACAAACAGCCGCGUGUGCGCGCCUACCGUCUGACGCGCUGGUGUUUCGUUGUAUUAUCGUGUAACGUGUAAAACAUCAUGAAGUUAUACUUUAAAUUUUUCGAUUUGGUGCCGGCGCGAUUCAACAUUGCACUGAUGAUGUUCUUCGCGUGCUGGGUGAAUUAUAUGAUGAGGGUGAAUAUGAGCGUCAACAUCAUCGCCAUGGUCCCCGAUUUAUCUACAACAACAUCAGUGAAAAGCGAAUGCAAGGCCUUAUUAGCCAAUGACAGCUUGACGUACAACACAACCGUGGUGACGAAGCAUAACCUGCGACAGCCAAAAGACGUUGUGACCUUCACGUGGACAACACAAGAACAGGCCUACGUGUUAUCCGGCUACUUCUGGGGUUAUGCCAUCACUAGCGUGUUCAGUGGAACUGCAGCUGAAUUCUGGGGACCAAGAAAGCUGGUCUUCAUCACGAUGCUGAUCAGCGCAUUACUGACGAUUCUCAGUCCACAAGCAGCUCGGCUACAUUACAUGGUGUUGGUAGCUCUGCGAUUUAUAAUCGGACUGGCAGGGGGUUUUUUGUUCCCGUCUCUUCAUGCUCUGCUUGCUCACUGGGCCCCGCCGGCCGAGAAGGGCAAGUUUGUUAGCGGUUUGCUGGGCGGAGCCAUCGGUACUGUAGUGACGUGGUCACUCACAGGACCAUUGAUUGAAAACUUUGGAUGGGACUAUGCGUUCUACGUACCAGGUAUUAUCGCAAUUGUAUGGUGCGUUUUUUGGUGGUUCUUGGUAUACGAUUCGCCAGUACAACAUCCACGUAUUUCGGAAACAGAGAAGCAAUACAUUUUAGAAGCCCUCGGUGAUAAAGUACAGCACAGUUCGAAAGACUCAAAGUUCGUACCACCGUUUAAGAAAAUCUUUACAUCGUUCCCCUUUUUGGCAAUGGUGAUCCUGCAUUACGGCAACAAUUGGGGCUUGUAUUUCGUGAUGACUGCAGCGCCUAAGUUCGUCUCCAGCGCUUUAGGCUUUAACUUGACAUCGACCGGAACUUUGUCCUCGCUACCGUAUCUAGCAAGAAUGUGCUUCUCACUCGUUUUCGGAGCUAUUGGAGACAGAAUCGUUCGUCAAAACGUGGUAUCAACAACGUUCAUGCGAAAGUUCUUCUGUCUGUUCUCCCAUGUCGUUCCUGGAUUAUUACUCAUAGCCUUAGGCUAUACGGGAUGUGCUCCUAUUUUAUCUGUUGUUCUUAUCACGUUUUCAAUGGGCUCUAACGGUGCGGCCACACUCACCAACUUGGUCAACCAUCAGGAUCUGGCUCCGAACUUUGCCGGAACCCUCUAUGGAAUUGCGAAUGGAAUCGGUAACACUGCUGGAUUUGUUACUCCUUUGGUCACUGCGCACUUCACAAAGAACGGGAAUGGAUUUGCUGAAUGGCGUCCAGUAUUCAUAACAGGAGCAUCAUUGUACAUAGCUUCGGCCGGGUAUUUCAUACUUUUCGGUACCGGUGACACUCAAUCUUGGAAUUACGUGGCGCCUGUUGAAGAGGAAGAAGACAAACGGCCCAACGACUCCAACGAGACAACCAUCGCGAUCCCUCCAAAAACAUAAACUUUUAGUAAAUAUUUAGAUUAAGAUUAAAUUUAAGACGCAGUAAGAUCAUUAACUUGUUAUUCAUAUUUGAUAGUUAUGAACUUCUUAUUUUUAUAGUUAUUUUGUGAGCUGUCUCGGUGACGCGAAUCGGAAUUUGACCUCCGAAACGAAAUACUUCCUUAUUUUUUAUGAGCCCCUCUUGCCAGCUAUUGACCUGAGUUCCGCGAAAAUCAGCUUGCAUGAUACCAACAAAAUCUAUCAACUUAUGCUUUGUAAUGUCGUCCCUAUACUUUUCGUAUAACCAAUUUAGAGCAGGAACCGUUGUUUUAUAUCUUCAUUAUUAAUAUCUCCCAUUUCCAUUGUAUCGAAAAUAAAUUGAAACAGAAACACAAAUCCAUCUACGUACUUCAAAUUUGAUAAAUGGUGCUUUCAGAAACAGAAAAAAAGAGGUAAUGUCGAAGAAUUUAUCAUUUUCAAAAGUGAAGCCUCGAUUGCUUAUACUUGUCAUAUAAUUUGGAACAAGCUCGAUAGGAUUUGAUGUCCGGAAUGUCUGUCUGUAACGGCUAUAUCUAACUGGCAAGCAAAGUAUUACUGAGUUAGUCUCUUCAUUCUCAGUUUCACAUUCCAGAUUUCGGGUAAAAUUAGUCAGGGUGUACACCGUUUCUAAAGAUAAAUGUAUACUAAACUACUAACCUGGGAACCUGGCAGCCCGCGUUUCCUUAAGACCGUAGAGCUGACACGUCAAUCAAUUGCAAAUUGUAGUGCAUUGCGUGCAAAUCAAAAAGCAGUACAAGAUAUUACUUAGUACUUAAUUUUCGUGCUCUCGUAUUAUGAAACUCCAGUUCUACCUGUGCUUGUUUUGAGGUACGUUUUCUAUUCAUAUGAAUAUGGCCGCUCUGUGCCCAGUCUGAACUUGAAUUCUAAAACCCUGACGAUUUUAGAAUGUCAUUUUAAGGUAUCCUCAGAGUUCAUGUCCGUUUAUCUAUCUAUCUUAGUUUUCGGGAACACCCUGUAUUUCAUUUCAGAACGCCGAUUAAUAAUAAUUUACCAGUGUAAAUAAAUAAAAAAUAUAUUCUUAGUGAAUUUUACUAUUAACUAAUUUCAAUUUACUGUUCUCGACAUUAAAGCAAUAAAGUCAGGAUUUCGAUGAUUUGAACAUAUUUAUUCUGAAAUGGUUCUAGCGUAUCAAAACGAUUUCGACGAAAAGUCGUUAAGAAUAGAACUUUUAUGCUCUAAUGUCGAGAAUUUAAUUUGACACGCGUGAUUGAUUUUGUGAUAGAAGUGUAAAUGAAUUUUUAUUUAAAUAUUUUUUUUGUAUUUUAUUUAGAAUCAAAAUUUUAAAAUCGGACAGAUAAAUUUGUCAGUAUAUUUUCAAUAAUAAGUAUGUAGGACUUAAUGUAGAUUUAGGAUUAAACAAUAAUAAUUAAAUAUUAUUUAUGACAAAUAUUUUAAGACGCUGUCCAAGCACAAAAUUAACAAAAUGUGGUAUCUUAAAUUACCUAGAUCGAUGUGAAGAAAUAACUUAAUGCAAAAAACUCUGAUAAUUAUAGGCACAAGCGUGAGCGCGCAAACUUAUUUCUUUUGUUUUCAGCCUUAAUAAUGUCGUUAAAUCAUUUUUAUACCAUAUGACCUACUUCCAUCUUUGUUUAUUGCUUAUAUGGGUAGGCGAGCUCCAAGACCCAUCUGGUGUUAAGUGGUUACCGGAGCCCAUAGAAAUUAAAACAGCGUAAAUUUAACCAUCCACCUUAAGACACGAGUUCUAUGACUCAGUUUUACAGAGCAACGUGUUUCCCGCUCAAACCAAAACGCAUUACGGCACAUUUACUAGAGAUACGCUGGAUAAAUACAUGCGGGCUCACAAGACGGCCUACUAUCAGUAAUUACGCAAAUCAUAAUUAUUUUUUUCGGGAUUAAUUUUUAUUACACGAUAUUUUCCCCCCGUCGUGGAAGUCAUUUGUAAAGUGCUAACGUAUUUCAUUAAAAAAAAUGGUACCUGCCUGCAGGAUUCGAACAGGGGUACAGUCGGAUCACCGUUAAAAUACACCAGGCGUCUUAUCCUUUUAGGUCACGACGAUUUCAAAACUUUCACCUGUAUCGUGUUGCUGCUACUAUAAUAAAUUUUUUGUUCAUAAAUUAGGUAAUAUAAAAAUUUGGAAUCUUCUAGAAUUACCAGAUUGGACCCUUUUUUGGCGUUUUUAGGCAUCCGCAAAAAGCAUUUUAUCACUACACGAAAGAGCUCUUUCAUGUAGUGAUAAAAUAAAAAAUAGUUCUUAAAAAAACAUAAAGUAAUAGUUUUUUCAAAUUUUUACAUACUUUCAAACCGAAACAUAGUUGUUUCUUUCGCGCUCUUUUCCUGGUAGUAGGAUAGAAAAGACAGCAAUACAAUUUAAAAAAAGGAACGUUUCCUACAUGGUUUAAAAAAUAUGAAGAAAAUAAACUAAUAUUCAUGAUUGUAUAAAAAAUGAAAGCAUAGAUGUCAGAGGUUUUUUUUUUAAUUACAUUUUGCUGUUCUAUCUAAAAUAUGUUCAAGAAGACAGUUUGUUUUUUGUAAAUAUACUUAUAACUAAAGUUUAUGCAUAUAUCAAUCGCUUAAAAUAUCAUAGUUAUCAAAAUGUUAUUAUCGAAUUUAAUUUUUCAAAUAUGUAAUUGUAAAAUUGCUGAUUUUAUACUGUGAUUGUAAUGAAUUUAAUUGUGAUUUAUGAAAUGUAUGGCGUGAAAUUAAAUAAUUUAACUGAA